AUGACCACUGAUGAGGCCACCAAGAGCGAAGGGGAGGUGCAGGCGGCGGCUCUCGCCGAGCGCGGGGAGGACAUCACGCCGGCUCGAGACCGAGGGGUCCUGAAGAUCAUUAAACGACCCGGGAGCGAAGAUGAGUCCCCCAUGAUCGGGGACAAGGUUUAUGUCCACUACAAAGGCAAACUGGCCAACGGGAAAAAAUUCGACUCCAGCCGCGAUCGGAACGAGCCCUUUGUCUUCAGCCUGGGCAAGGGUCAGGUAAUCAAGGCAUGGGACAUCGGGGUGGCUACCAUGAAGAAGGGAGAGAUCUGCUACUUGCUCUGCAAACCUGAGUACGCAUACGGCUCUGCUGGCAGUGUCCCCAAAAUCCCCUCCAAUGCUACCCUCUUUUUCGAGGUCGAGCUGCUUGACUUCAAAGGCGAGGACUUGUUUGAGGAUGGAGGGAUAAUCCGGAGGAUCAAGAGGAAGGGAGAAGGUUACUCCAACCCUAACGAAGGUGCUACGGUGGAAA